GACUGGCAAAAGACAUGUUUUAUAUGGUCAUUCAAUUCCUGCUCAUAAGCCAAUUGUUGAUUAAGUCUAGAUGGUUUAAAAGUCAUCAGAGAUCUCAUCUGAAGAGUUGGGAUGCCAUAAAAAUUGGUGGGAAAACUCUCUGGGAUGCGGCAUUUUGUGCCAGUGAAUGUUGUUUUCUAACACCUGUUUAUGAGCGGUAAAGUAACUUGAUGUUUUAUUUGAUCACUGAGGUUUGAUUUUCCACCGAGCAAUAGUUGGGGGUUUUUCUGAACGGUGUUCAGUGAACACAAACAUGAAGUUAUUUCAUAUAGUGCAUGCAGCUGGAGACCCAGCCUAACUCUUUCCAGGUUGUACAUAAUGUUCUUUCUGGUUGGUUCAUUCACAAACCUUUCCAGUUCUCUUCCAGUUUGUAAGAAGAAUAUAUAACUUAGUGUAGUUUGUGUUUAAGGUGGAGUAAACUUUAGAAGUUAGUAGUUAUGAAAAGAAAGAAAACUAAGAAUGCUGGCGUCUAAGUAAAUUGCUAACUUUGAUUGCUAACUUUGCAUCCAGGUUCCUGCUUCCCUAUCAGGAAACUUGACCUGAAAACCUGUGUGUGCUGAAUUUUAUCAUCUGCACCUGCCCUUUGCAGUAGACCAGGGUUUAAUGUGAGCACCACAACAAGACUCCCAUUCAAAGGGUGGUGCCAGAGACAUUGCCCUUAAAGAAAACCGUGAGUCAGAUCAUUGGCAUUUGAAGAAAAAGAUUAUGAUUUCUGUUUUGUAAGAAAGUUAUCUCUCAGGGAUUUUCUGUCAAAAAAUUAGUUUAUUCCUGUUUUUCUGAUCACUUCUUUUUCACUACUGGACAAUAUACAAAUCAUCAGAAUUGUGUAUCUCCUAGCGAAGCGCUGUUUUAACUCUUCCAGAAUUAGUGGAACAGACGUGUGUCUAUCUUUGUCCCUGUUGUUUAAAUUCAUUUAUUUAAUAACAACCUUUACAUAAUUUCUUUAGCUGACAGGUUGGCUAAUAUUUGUCGGUGUUGGCUUGCCAUAGGAUGUGCUGGAUUUAGCAUUCUGUGCCAAUAAAAGAUCUCCCAACAGUGGUCUGUUAAUCAUCAUCAUCAUCAUCAUCAUUAUCAUCAUCAUCCCCAAGGCGCACCCAGUGUUUUAUUUUAAUCCUGACCCAAUCCUGUGUUACAGCAGGAUACAUGCUCAGGCUGUAAUGUUAGGUUAAGGCUUCUGCCUGCCACACUGGGUGGGGAGAUGACUGUCAAGCCAGUGGGCUUGUGCGUGUGUGUGCGUGUGUGUUCAUUAUAGAGGUAGAUGUGUUGCUGACUCGCCCCUUUGACAGACCGGCCUGACUAGCUCAACUCGUUUGGGUUUGGUUUCCUCAUCUUGGCCGCAGCCUGUUGUUUAAAUCUCUUGGUCUUCACGCUGGGAAAUUAUCGCUUCCACUUGUGAGUAAAACUGAAAUUUGGAAAGGGGAAAAAAAAAAAAAGAAAUCAUCAUUCAUCGUAAUGUGGCAGGACUUUUCAGAACUGACACACGCUCCGGAUUUUCCAACAAAUUCUUAACACCAGCUUUGCUAACCCAGCAGACAUUUAUGUGCAACCCAACUAGACGGUUGUGUUUCGUCCCUCACCUCCGGUGUCCUGAAAGGACUCCGUCACGCUUUGCUGUCUGCAGGCCUCUUUGCUUCACACAUUUAUUUACACUUCAUCUGCAUUAGGCACUGGCCAGAAUGAGACUCUCACAAUAUGAAAACCUGGAGAUAAAAAUUAAAGAUUCUCUGAUCUGAUUGUUGUUGAUCUGCAUGUCAAAUACUGAAAAAUCAGACUUUUUUUUUGCUGUUCAUUAAAUGCAUUGAAACUAAAAAACACCAACAAAAGUGAAUGAAACAUUAUCUAGUUUGAUAAAAGCAGCUCAAGUUUCAAUGCAUAAACAACAUUACUUCAUUUUCUGUUGGAUUUUAAACUACUGCCUCUAAGAAAAUAGCUGCAGCAAAGUUUUUCCUCUUUCUAUAUGAUAUAGCCUUGAGGAAAUCUGAGUUGUCAGAUCAGACUGUAAAAAGAAAAAGUUGCCAUCAGCCAGGAAAAACUCGUUCCUUGCAUCAGCCAGUAAAAUAAAAAUACAUUUAAUUUUACAACAACUGCACAAUUGUGAGGAAAGGCUGAUGUGCACCUGCAGCAGACAUUAGGUUGUACAGGUGUAUACAUAAGAACAGCAUUAUUCAUGCUGCUAAAAUAAAUUAUUGAUAAUUGCGGUUGUAUGAAUGUUAUCUUUGACGUUUAUUGUUAUUUUAGUUUUGCGACAUAGAAUUGAACAGAAAUGUAGACUAAAUAACCAAUGAACUCAGCAGAAAUAAGUAAAAAGGUUUAAGGCAAAAUAUAAUCUUCCUUUUUUUUAGCAAUAAAAGUUUAGCAAGAGGAUAUUAAAUUAAAUUAAAUAGACAAAGUGUUUGCUUAGGCAACUAGCCUGCAGUUGGCCACUUAUAUUCAAAUAUCUCACCUCCUUUUUUCCAACUACUACAGUCAAUUUACAAAACUCUUAAUUUGCACUUUGACCCAUCAUGCUUCACCGUGCCUGUAAAAGCUAAUCUCCUCUUUAGUGGAAGCUAAAAACUCUUGGAAUAAAAAAGCAUUCUGAAUUCUAGUUGUUUUGUUUUGCUUUGUUUUUUUACAAAAACAAACAGAAUUACUGUAAUUUGAGUGAAGCUCCUUUAGUUUCCACACAAUGACGUUCUGUCUUGUUCCAAGCAGCUGAAUUCGUCGUUUUUUUGUGAGUGAGAGAAGAGUGCAGCGCCCCUCUUCAGGCAGUUAAUUGACAAUAACAGGUUUAUGAUCUCUGGCCUCUCAGUAAAGGACAAAGGAGGAAGGGACAGCAGUGUGACAGACUGACAGCAGGCAGCAUCGUCUCCUGGGUUUAUGGACUGGAGGUGGCGAUGUCUCCAGGAGAGGACGGCCUGAUUGGGAUCCCCUUCCCGGAGCACAGCAAUGAGCUCUUGUCCCACCUCAAUGACCAGCGCAGGACGGGACUCCUAUGUGACCUCACCCUUACCUCUCACGGGGCUCGCUACCCAACACAUCGCUCCGUCAUGGCAGCCGUCAGCCUCUACUUCCGCCGGCUGUUUGGAGCGGAGGAAGGCGGCGGCGGGGGGUUCAGUGUUUGCCAGCUGGACUGCGUGGCUCCUGACGCCUUGGACGCCCUGCUGGAGUUCGCCUACACUGCCACGCUUACCAUCCCCAGCUCCGGGAUGAGAGACGUGCUGCGAGGCGCUCAACUUCUGGGCAUCCAGUGCGUGGCCGACGCCUGCAGAGACAUUCUCGGAGAGACGGCGGAGGCCGAGGGGGAGACGGCGGGGGAGCAGCGACCUCCGCAGAUGACUAGUGAGAGGACGGUAGAGAUAGCAAAUGUUGUAGAGAAAAUAUCCAGAAGAAAAACGGACAGAAAGAAGGUGAAAAAAGUUGGCUUACCUCACAACUUCUCACCUUUGAACCCGCUGCCCGCCUCUCCUGCCUCCCACCCUUCACCAGCAUCCGACAGCUUUCGCUCCCUGCCGCCCACCCAGCCACCCAGCCCCGAACCAGAGGAGCUUCACCCCAAACUUGGGCAAAACGGGGAUCCAAGAGCCAUCCGAGAACCUGGGAGAGGGGCCACACUAAACGGAGGGCUCCUCCACUGGGCACAAGAGCGACCUCUCAUAGCCCACCAGCCCCCGACCCAGAACGACAAGCUGUCUGAGGACGACGACAUGGAGGGCUUGGGCGACGACAUGAUGAGAUCUGGCUCCUUCCCCAGCUCUGUAGCAGAUCGAGGUGCCGCCACGUCAGUAGCAGGAGGCGGGAGGAAGAGGAAGUCUCAAACCCCACAGCAGUGUCCAGUCUGUCAGAAGAUUAUUCACGGAGCCGGGAAGCUGCCACGCCACAUGAGGACGCACACCGGGGAGAAACCCUUCCAGUGCUCCGCCUGUGGAGUUCGCUUCACACGCAAUGACAAGUUGAAGAUCCACAUGAGGAAACACACCGGGGAGCGCCCUUACACCUGUUCCCACUGCCCUGCACGGUUUCUCCACUCAUAUGACCUCAAAAACCACCUGUCGCUCCACAGCGGGGCGCGGCCCUUCGAGUGCCCGCUCUGCCACAAGGCCUUCGCCCGAGAGGACCACCUUCAGCGCCACCGCAAGGGACACAGCUGCUUGGAGCUGCGCACUCGUCGGCCCAGGCGGGGCCCUGAGCUGGGCGAGGACGGCGGUGAGAAAGAAGGCAGCCCUCUGUCUCUACAGGCGCAUCCCUCCGUGUUUCACCCUCGCUCAGUUCUAGAAGGCGGCGGCGGGAGCGGCUCCAUCGGCGGACCUUCGCUGAUAUUCCCAGGCGGCAUCGACAGGGAAAGGUCGCUGGCCCUCCAGGCUCUGACCCAACUCACCCCGCAGAGGCUGGCCGGCUACCCCGAGCUUUUUCUGCGAGGUCUUGACAUGCAAGGUGGAAGAGAUUCGGAGAGGGAAGAUCCUGGAGGAACUCGCUUGCCGGCGCUGCAGCAUGACAGAUGGGCUGAUGAAGUGGAAGACGAAGAAGUAGAAGAAGGGGAAUAGUAGAAAAAAACUUUAUGUGGUAAAUAUCCACAAUAAAAAAUAAAUAAAUAUAAUUAUCUCAGGUAGCUGGACAAAUGACCUGCUGCUCCAUACAGAGAGCACUUAAAACUUAUCAAAAUACAUUUUAAAAAAAGGAAAAUCGGGUUUUCUGAGAUAUUCUUAAUGUUGGUCUUCUGAUUUUUGGCAUUUUAUUGACUUAUUUGUCUGUUUAUGUUUGCUGUUCAAGUAUUUUAGGUUUGACUUGUCUCUAAUACUUCUUUUCUUGCUGGUGUUUGUUGAAUAUCUGCUCACCAGGACGCUUCUCACUAUGCAAACUAAAAUCCAGGGCUUCAGAAUGGAGAAAUAUUUAAAGAUGUGUAUUUUUUUUGAUUCAGAUGCAGUUUGAAAUUCAUAUCGCCUAUAAGAUCACAGUAAGGUUUGUGUGUCCGCUGUCCUCUGGUGGCUGUCGGUGGAAAUACAGAGUCAUUUAAUCAAGCUCAUUCCUUGGGUUAAAAGCAAUAAUUUUGUUUUUGUUAGUGGUUUGAUCUAUGCUUUAUUUUGGUGCUGAAACCAAAGAUCUGCUGGGUUUUUUUUUUCCUUGUUUUGCAGAAAAAGAGAGAGUGGAUGAGUUGUAGCCAAUGUUGGGUUUGAAGAGAAGAUUCUUCCCAACUCUUUUGAAAAGCCAUGAGAAAGACUCUACUUAGUUUUUCAGAGCCAAAGUGCUCUGAGCUAAAUGCCUGACCAAAAACAAAAUGACAAAGUCUGGAUCAGUGGGUUGAUUCUGGUAAAACAUGCAGCUUAUAUCAGUCUUCAUCUGCUCUCAUUUAUGUUCUUAAAACAAAUAAGUGUGGCAAAAUUUUGGGAUUACUGAGACAAUAUACACCCCUUCUGUGUAUUUAUUUAUUUAUUGCUAUUUAUUAUGGCCGUCUUAAGACCACAUCCAUCCUGAACCCAGAACAGAGAAAAACCUACGAGAAGCCGCACUGAUGAUUUUUGCUCAGCAACCCCCAUGUCCUCAAAUGCCUUGUUUUUUAAAAGGCUGAUUGUCUUUUUCUAAGCCAUUUUUCCUCAAACGCAUUCUUUGCACAUUUCAGGUUCUGCAGUAAAACCGGCACAUUCCUCCCUUCAGAAGGUAACACAGUGGACCAGAGCAAAGACAUCGGAGGUGGGCGGCGGGGUUAAAAACUCCUGGAACUUGAACACAGAUUGAUUUUCCUGUCGGUAACUAAGUGUGGACAAUAUGCAUCACACACAUUGCAGUUCUUGUAGUUUGGCUGUGACUAAAAGGGGCCAUUACCUUUUUGAGUUUAUUCAUCUCUGACCAAAAACUUUAUGCUUUCCAUGGCUGUCUUGCCUCAUGUUGUGCAAACAUUAAUGGCUUCUUUUUUUUUUCCUGUUAUUCUCAAUAAAAUCCAUCAUGUAGCAUAUGUGCUCUUCUGGCCUUGGGUGCACUAUACCCUGUCUUUGCUGUUUUGGAGCUCCCCGUUUCCAUUUUAUUUGCACUAUGAGAUUGGAGAGCUUCGAGCUUUUUGACCAGCUUUCAACAUCUUAUCCUUUAACUCUCUCCUCACUAUUUAAAAUUCUAAUUAAGUAGACAGUACUUCUGUAAAGCCCUCAUACAUACUUCAUGACAUUAGUGGAGUUAUAUACACACAAAUAUAUGCAUAUAGAUAUAUUUUUGGGAUGAAGUUGCCUUAGGGUUUUUUUGUGCUGCAACUAUUCUCAGGAAAUCUUGAGCAAUGCACUAAGUGAUUAUACAAAAUGUCAAAUGGGAAGCAAGCGGUGCUUUAGGAGGAUUGAUACUCUUCAUGCAAGUGGGAUUCCAGUAGUUUGAAAUAUUUUUUUUUGUCUUGUAGAUUUUGUAAUGAAGGAAAUCUUAUGUACAGAUAAAGGUAAUGAAAGUAAACUCCUGGCCUUGCUGGAACCUGUCCUACUGGAAUGGCAGUAUGACGGUUGAUCCUGUGCAUGAAGGGUGUUGGUGCUCCCAACGAAAAGCUUUGUGAAUGAAUGACGGUUAAACUGAUGUCAGCUGUGAAGUGUGUGUUUAUAUGUGAGCUGUUUGUUGUUGUUUUUUUUUCUUGGCUUCGGUGAGGGGACUUUAAGGGGUACGGUCUGAAUAGAGACCCCGCUAUCAGGGAUGCUUUUUUUUUGUUGUUUCAGUUUUUAGAGGACUCCUUCUCCGAGAUGCAAAUUCAUUUCCCCGUGAUUUGUUUCAGAUGAUGUAAAGAAAAUAAAGUUAUCUAAGCUUGA